AUGGAAAAAGAAUAGUUAUAUAAUAAAUCCUUGGACGACUUGGUUCAAGAAGACAAAAGAAACUUCAAAAUUAUGUCAAACACUGGAGGUGGUGGUUCAAGUAGCUUUAAAAGAAGAUCUAAUUCACCAAAAGGGGACUAUGAUAGGGGGAUUAACCGAAAAGGGGAUGCAUACAGGAGAAGAGAGCGAUCUAAUUCGAAUGGCUAUAAAUAGAGAAGCAACUUUGGUUACUAAUCCAAUCAUCAGAGAGAAGUUGGAACAAAGGUUUUUGUAAGUAAUAUGUCUUACUAAACGGACUGGAGAUCCUUGAAAGAUCAUAUGAAAAAAAUUGGAUUGGUACUGAGGGCAGACGUAUUUGAAGACGAAAGGGGCAAGUCUCGCGGGAUAGGUGGUGAUGCAGCUAGAGCAGUUAAGGAACUUCAUAAUAGUAGUCUUGAUGGACGAGUAAUAUUUGUGAGAGAGGUAUUUAGAUUGAGAACUUAAUCUUAAAGGAUGAGCACAGAGAGCGUGGAGACAGAGACCGUGGAGAUAGAGAUUGAGAUUUGCUAGGAAAUCAAAAUGCUGGUAGGGGACAAGGUUAGGGUGGAAGUAGUAAGCCUAAAAGAAAUAGCCGACGAAGAUCAAGGCAAUUUACCCUACAGUGUCAAUCCUCGAUAGUUAAAAGAAGCGUUCUAGAGCUUUGGUCGAAUCGCUGAUGUUGAUAUAGCCAUGGAUGAAAGAGGAAAAUCUAAAGGCUUUGGAACAAUUUCUUUUUACAGCAGAAGAAGCGCUGAAGAUGCCAUUAAAACUAUGGAUCAGGCGAAGUUUAAUGACAGGACUGUAACUGUUCGCUUUGAUAGAAAUUAUUGA